AAGACGCGGCCCAGCACCAAGCUGGUCCGACUGGUUCUGAGCAGGAAGUCUCCCGCCCUCGCCCGGGGGCAGCCGAGCAGCCCGCGCUAGCCUGGGCGCAGUGCGUGCGGUCCCGGGCCGGUGCGACCGUCACGCAGUGCUGGGGGCCGCACGGCCAGACCCGCCAGGGCGGAGAUCAGCGCGGCUUUGUCUGGGACGCCCACACCCCAGAGGCCGCUCCCGGUCGGCGAAUGGGAGCCCGGCGGCGCUGGGCCGAGCGGGGCUGAGAUAAGUGGCCAUGUGAUCCACCUGGGCGGGGGAGGGGCCGCAGGUAAGCGGCGGCGUUGGCGCGGAGCUCGGCAGCAUGUCGGUCAGCAGAAAGGACUGGUCCGCGCUGUCCAGCCUUGCACGGCAGCGGACUUUGGAAGAUGAGGAAGAACAGGAACGUGAACGUAGGCGGCGACAUCGCAACCUGAGUUCAACCACAGACGAUGAAUCUCUACAGCUCACCCAGAAUGGAACCAAGCAGGCUGUGGAGAGGCUGCCAAGUGUGGAGGAAGCAGAGGUGCCCAAACCACCACCCUCAGCCUCCAAAGAUGAGGAUGAGGAUAUCCAGGCUAUUCUCAGGACGCGGAAGGAACGGAGACAGAGGCGGCAGGCAGUGGAGGCAGUCCAGGCCCCUGUGCAGGAGAGGCUGGUGGUGGAGAAGGAAAGAGACAGUUCUGGCCCUGAGCAGACUUUGCAGCAACCCAUCGUGCCUAAAAAGGAAUUGGAGCACCUGCCUCGCAGGAGACUGAGUCGGGAGCAGCAGGGCCUCUGGGCCCAAGAAGAGGAGCGCCUGGGAGGCCAGGAGCCUGGAGCAGGAAAGAAGGGACUUCCUGAGGAAGCAGUGACUCAGCAGAAGACCCUGGUCUCUGAGAAAUCUCCUGUCCUAGAGAAGCCUGCAGCACCUGCCAAAAGACUAGCUUCAGAGAAAGGGAUAACCGCAGAGAGAGCAUCUCAGACUGAGAAGAGAUGCAGUCCAGAGAAGUCAGUUCUAGAAAGAAUGAAUGUUUCAGAGAAGUCGCCACUCCCUGAGAAGUCACUCGUAUCCCUGAAAACAGCAGCACUAGAGAAAAGGUCUACUCCUGCUCCAGAAAAAGUCAGUGUCUCAGACAAGAUGCAAGAGAGGAGGCUGGUGUCAGAGAAAGCAUCUAUCUUUGAGAAGUCAUCAGUCUCAGAGAUAAAGCUGGCUCCAAAGAGGGUAGCAGCCUCAGAGCAGCCCCAGACCCCUGGGGAAAGCCAGGCCACCAUCAGGGAGCCCAGAGGAAGGGCAGUCCCUGGGAAGAGCUUGCCUUCCUCAGCAGAGCAGGAGGUGUCAGACCCUCCAACUAUGGCUUCCCGCCUCCCUCCUAUCACACUCCAGGUAAAAAUUCCCAGCAAGGAUGGAGAAGCAGACACAUCUUCACCCACCCUACUCACCUACAGCAGCUCCCUCAAACGCUCCAGCCCCAGGACCAUCUCCUUUCGGAUGAGUCCCAGGAAAGACAACUCAGAAACAACCUUAACCCGCAGUGCCAGUGUGAGGCUUCCGGCUAGCACAGUCAAGCUAGGAGAGAAGCUGGAGAGAUACCACACAGCCAUACAGAGAUCAGAAUCUGUCAGGUCUCCAGGCUCCUCCCGCACUGAAUUCAUGGUGGCUCCUGCCGGUGUGGCCAGCAAGCGCCACCUCUUUGAGAAGGAACUGGCAAACCAGAGUCGUGCAGAACCAACCUCCAGCCGCAAGGAGAACCUGCGGCUGUCAGGGGUUGUGACGUCAAGGCUGAACCUGUGGAUCAGCAGGUCCCAAGAGUCUGGAGACCAGGUCCCCCAGGAGAUGCGGAGAGAAGCAGCAGUCACCAAGAGGGCUCAAUGGGGAAACAAGUCAGCCACCUCUCUGGAUGCAGAGGUGUGACAAGCCCUGCCAGAACAGACCUGCAAGCCGGCAUCCCAAGGGCACUUUCUCAUGGCCCCGCAGCAGUAUCCCUGACUCUCACUGCCUCCCAGUAUCCCUGACUCUCACUCCCUUUCUGGCUCUGGGCCAUUCUGACCAGGGCCUUUGGGAGUCAGGAACAUGAGUGACACUCCCCCAGUUCUUUCCCAGUCCAGGCUGGGGCGGGUGUUUCUUGGCACUUUCUCGCCCUGCUACAGGCAUAGCACAUCCUGGACGCAGGAAAGCCCAGGACACAAUUUGGGCACAUGCCAGCCAUGGAGUCUCCAUGUCCUACCUAGAGACUUCCCUUCCUUCUCACUUCCAGGGUCAGACUGGGUUCUUUCUGCCAACUCCAGAGUUACCUGUCUUUUCUGCUCCCAGCAAGUACUCCAUGUGUCCGUGACAUCCCCACACUGAGGCCUGGACCUACUCAAUAUGGUCCCUGAGGCUUACUCAAGCCAGACUGGGAAGGAGUCACCAGGUGCAUCCCAUGUGCCCCAUCUCCCUGCUUUGUGUCCCCUCCCCACCACUCUGCUGCCCUAGCCAGGAGCCCAGUGCCUUUGUAUGUUACCACUUGUCUUAUCCUCACUUGGAAAAAUCUGUUCUCAGGAAGUAUCUGAUAAACUCAUUCACUCUCAGGUGUGA